UACCAGGUACUACAUAUUAACGACCAAAACUAUAAUACGGAGUACUAAUUACAACAUCCUCAAAAUCAAAAACCAAAUUUUGACAACUGUAACACUGGAGACUGGACUGCGGUACCUUCUCUCCCCCGGCCAUUUUUCAAGUAAAUUUUGGUUAGAGCACCUUUCAUCUAACAUGGCUGAAUUCUGUGAAGAAUGAAGUCUUGACAGUUCCCUUCAAAUUUCAAUUCGAACAAGCGCUCAGCUAUUGCAGCUUUCUUCUAAAUACAGAAAGCUUCAGCUGAAAGCCAUUAUGGCGCUUUACCAGGAUUACCUGAAAACAGCAGUUCCUUCUCAGCUCCUCGCCGAGCGCGGCUCCAAUCUCGUCGUAAUCAACCCAGGUUCUGCAAAUAUUAAAAUAGGACGGGCUCAGCAGGAUAAUCCACUUGACAUCCCACAUUGCAUUGCUAGGCGAACCAGCCAAGUUCCAAAAAGAAAUGUCCAAGAUCAAAUGCUAAAUUCUCAGAUCACAACUGCACAGCAUAUGGAGCGGGAGAGAGCUUAUGACAUUAUUGCAUCUCUGCUGAAAAUUCCGCUCCUGGAUGAAGAGGCGGCUAAUAGUUCUUUUCCCCGGAAGAUGGGUCGUGUUGAUGUAUAUCCUCCACAAAAUAACAAGGAGACACCAUUCACUUGGACUGACGUGUUUGAGAACAUCACUCUACCUCCUGCAGGAGGAAAUGAUAAUAUAACUGAUGUUGAAACUAGUGAGCCCAUCACAAAUGAAGGCAACAAUACUGUUGAACUAAGUUCAGGUGAACGCAAGUAUAAAGAGUACAUAUGUGGUGAAGAUGCUUUGAGAAUAUCUCUAAAUGAACCAUAUCGCUUGUGCCGCCCAAUUCGCCGAGGUCACCUUAAUAUUUCUCAACAUUACUCUAUGCAGCAGGCUCUAGAGGACCUUCAUACUAUCUGGGAUUGGAUUUUGAUUGAGAAACUGAAUAUCCCUCAUGAUCAAAGACAUACGUAUUCUGCUAUUCUUGUUGUUCCAGAAACAUUUGAUAAUCGAGAAAUAAAAGAAAUGAUAUCUAUUGUUUUGCGGGAUUUGCGGUUCAGUUCAAUGGUUGUCCACCAGGAAGGUCUUGCUGCUGUAUUUGGUAAUGGUUUAUCAACAGCAUGUGUUGUGAAUAUCGGUGCUCAGGUGACAUCUGUUAUUUGUGUUGAGGAUGGAGUAGCUUUACCUACGACACAGAUCAAUCUACGUUAUGGUGGAGAGGAUAUAUCAAGAUGCCUUCUAUGGACUCAGAGGCAUCAUCAAACGUGGCCACCAAUUAGAACUGAUGCUGUUUCUAAGCCUUUAGAUUUGCUAAUGCUGAAUAGACUCAGAGAGUCUUAUUGUCUGAUCAGAGAGGGGGAAGUUGAAGUAGUUGCUCAGGUUCAUUCAUAUGAAGAUGGAAUGGUACCUGCAUCUCAUAAGACAAGGCUAACCGCUCUUAAUGUACCCCCGAUGGGUUUAUUUUAUCCAACACUUUUAGUUCCGGAUGUAUAUCCUCCCCCACCACGCUCUUGGUUUAAUGACUAUGAUGAUAUGCUUGAAGAUGCUUGUCAUAUGGAUUUUCCAGGCACCGGUGCAUUUCCCAUGUGGGAGAGCUAUCCUGUGUUUCAUAUCAAACCAAAGAGGGAAGACAGUAUUGGUCUUGCUGAAGCUAUUACAAAAAGCAUUCUUUUAACAGGGCGAAUAGAACUCCAGAGAAAGUUGUUUUGUAGUAUGCAACUGAUUGGUGGGGUUGCAUUGACCGAUGGCCUUAUUCCUGCGGUUGAGGAAAGAGUUUUACACGCAAUCCCGUCCCAUGAAGCAAUUGACACGGUAGAGGUAUUGCCAUCAAGAACACACCCAGCUCUUGUAACGUGGAAAGGCGGAGCAAUUUUGGGGAUUCUAGAUUUCACCCGAGACGGGUGGAUUCAUAGAGAGGACUGGAUGAGGAACGGAAUUCACAUCGGGAGCGGGAGGAAAUACAAAGAUUCUUGUUAUCUGCAGGCUCAGUCAUUGGCUUUCAUCAACUCUUCUUAGCCACUCCAAACCCACCCGUCAUCUCCCGUGAGGAGAAGUAAUACUAAAGAAAAACCAUUUGCAGAUAUAAUCAUAUACCCCCAGCCCAAAGCAGAUAUAUGUUCUAUUGUUAUUUUAGACUUUUAGUAACAUUGGAAAUUUAACUUUUAUUAGCCUAAUUUUUAUUUCCAAUAUAAUUCAUUUGUCUUUUGUUUGUCGUUA